AUGGAGCACUCGCUAGGCCCUGCCUGUCGCCUUCGACCGGCGCCGGACGCGGGACCGGACGCGGACAAGGAAGACGGAGUGCCCGCCGUCAACGCCCAGUUCUUCUACACGGCCGUCUACCCCAUCGACGACCCGCUGUCCGGCAGCGCGCCCGCCGGCGGCGCCGACUCGAAGCCCUCCAGGGCGCCGCUCCGCCCCUUCUCCCACGAUGACAACGACAUGCUGCAGCAGGCCUGGCUCGGCCUCUCGUCGGAGAGCCACCGGGUCCAGCAUGCCGACAUCAGAAGCGGCCGAGAGCCGGCGCCGGACACUGUCAAGUCCGAUCUGGAGAAGCGUGGCCUGCUCAUCCGGAAGCUCGCCUCGAAACACAAGCGCCUUCACAGCGAGAAGAAGCAGCCGCGAAAAUCAACGACGGAGGUGGCCGAGGCGAUCCCAGAGACCCUGCUCACCGCCUGCUGCCCCGACCUCGCUACCGACGCCUUGACAGAACUCGACACGGCGUUCUGCGCGUUGGUGCGGAAGACGAACCGGCUGUUCGACGUCGACGAGGUGGUCAAGGACGUUACGGCCGCCAUGAACCAGUCCCACGAGCUCCAAGGCGUUCCAAGCUCCCGCCGGCCUGCUGUUGAACUCGUGGCUGCAGACGACCAUGGCAUUUCUGGCAAACCAUUCGUGCGCGUACCGAGUACAGACCAUGCACCGCAGACUACGCCCUCAAAACAGCAGCAGCAAGAAGAAGAAGAAGAACAACAACAACAGCAUAGCGACGAGCCACCCUUGGACCCAUCACAGCUCAAAACCACCGCUCCGGAUCUCGAGGACGAGGACCAGGACGUCGUGGUAGGACUGGCAAGAUUGCACAAGGUCUGCUUGCAUACGCUGCAGAUGAAGCCCGUGUACUGGUCCCCCAUCAACGACGUUGCUGUCGUGACGAGGGGAACAUGGUUCUACAAAGAUACCAUGAUGCCGGUCUCGGCGGCUGUAGCCAACCAGCUCGAAACCGGAUACCAGGAGCUGCGCCCCUGGACCGAGACUUGGCGCGAUGAGAUACGGUGCGCCAUCGAUGUCGGGGCGUCGGGAGAAGAAAAGGUUUCCUACAGAUUGUGGCCCAGAGAAGGCGAAGGGUUAUAUCGAAAUGCCCCUGUGCCGACCGAGCCCGCCAUUUCUGCGCAUCCAUUCUGCGCAUCCCAUUGCUUCCAGGGCGAAGCUGCCACAGAGGGCUACAUGGAGCCGCCCAAAUCAGACGACGAGGCCUCCGAGAACCACCACCAGCGCGCCUAUUCCAGCUACAGCGUCAUAUACAAAGAUCGAACAAACGCCUUUCUGUUGAAGCCGAGCCUCCAGCCAUCUUCCUAUUACAACAGACGACCCAUUCAGAAAAUUAUGAAGGGCAUGACGGUUGGCAUCCCCGUCGUUCGGGGAUUCGACAGACUGACCUGGGAGCGUCUGCACCGUAGGAAGAAGACGCAGCCCACCAAGUCGACGUCUCACGGCGGCGCAACAGAUACUUGCCCUGCCUGCGAGGCGGAGAAAGAUCGCAGCAGGGUGACGGAUCUGGUGCUGGUGGCCCACGGAAUUGGCCAAAAGAUUGCCGAGCGGGUCGAGAGCUAUCACUUUACACACGCCGUCAACGGCUUCCGGCGACUCGUUGACAGCGAGUUCCAGAGUCCCGCGGUGCAAGAGGUCUUGCACAACAGCCAGAGUAGGCUCAUGGUUCUGCCGCUCAACUGGAGACUCGGGCUGUCCUUUGAAGACGACGGAGCCCUUCAGACUGGCAUGGGGGGCAACAAGUCGAGUGCCGCCCAGCGUUUCAGCCUCAAGGACAUUGAGCCCAACACGAUCCCCGCCAUCAGGAGCAUGAUCUCCGACGUCAUGUUCGACAUCCCCUUUUACAUGUCUCACCACAAGGGAAAGAUGAUCGCGGCCCUGGUCGCAGAGGCCAACCGGGUCUACCGCCUUUGGUGUAGGAACAACCCCGGCUUUGCCGAGAACGGACGUGUCCACCUGGUCGCGCACUCUCUCGGCAGCGUCAUGGCGGUUGAAGUCUUGUCGCGGCAGCCAACGAUUGCGCCGCCGCUGGACCUGUCCCGGCCGGAGCCCGAGACCAACUUCUUCGAGUUCGAUACGAGGAACCUCUUCCUGAUGGGAAGCCCUACCGGCUUCUUCUUGCUGCUCGAACGGGGGGCUCUUAUGCCCCGCCGCGGACGCGCCAAACCCGGCGUGGAUGUGAGCGAGACCAUGGCUGAGAAUGUCGGUGGUGAGCAGGGCAUGUUUGGGUGUCUGGCCGUUGAUAACAUCUACAACAUCCUUGCCAGGGAAGAUCCGAUCGCCUACUUCCUCAAUGGCGCGGUCGAUCCCGUGUAUGCGGGCAGCCUGAAGACUGCCUACGUUCCCACCGCUUCGACUUCUUUUUUCAAGUCCUUUGGCGAUGCCAUGCGUACUGUCAUGGGCACCACCAACAAUCCCAGCUCAUUGACGACGGCCGACAGCGAGGGCCGCCCGCCCACUGUUCGCCUCCCCUCUCAGCUGGAGCUUGAGGUGCACGACUUCACGAGGGAGGAGAUUGCCGAGAAGAAGGCCUUCUUGCUCAACGACAACGGCCAGAUCGACUGGUUCCUCCGGUCCGGCGGUGGGCCGUUGGAGAUCCAGUACCUCAACAUGCUGAGCGCCCACAGCAGCUACUGGAGCAACACCGACUUCAUCCGGAUGCUGUGCUAUGAGAUUGGCAGGCGACCCGGGCGGGCGAACACGCUACCUGCGAUGAGGGCUGUCAAGGCGUCGAGGCGCAUUCCCGCUGCCGGUUAG